ACAGCAUCGUCAUGAUGCCCUAUUUUUAACAAAUUGAGACGCUGGCACUACCUGAGUACAAAAGGUCCUGCACCCCAUGAGAGAAUAACAGCAUUUCGCCGGUCAAAAAAUGACGUUCAUGAAAUCCAACUCCAAAGGUGUCGCUGUCGUCACUGGAUCCGCGCAAGGAAUUGGACGCGGCAUCGCAAUACGCCUUGCAGGAGACGGCUAUGACAUCGUGAUCAAUGACUUGGAAAGUAAGAAAGACAACUUGGAGGAAGUCAAGAAGGAAAUCAUUGCCAAUUUCCCGGAGCGGAGAGUGCUUACUGUGCUUGGGGAUGUCACCAUCGAGGAGGAUGUCAAAGGCCUGAUUGAAAGUGCGGUUAAAGAGUUUGGCAGUCUAUGGAAAGCCGGACGCGCGCGCUCCGUUACAUGA